AUGGCUUCGAGUAUUUUCGCCCCUGGAGUACCGCAAGCGAUGCAGGACUUCCACUCUACCAGCUCAGUACUCUCGACAUUCGUCGUCUCUGUUUUCAUUGUCGGUUUCAUUCUUGGGCCGUUGGUGCUCUCGCCUGCUAGCGAAGUAUACGGAAGACUUCCUGUCACACACGCAGCAAAUAUUGCAUUCCUGGUCGCUUCGAUAUUAUGUGCGGUUUCAGUCAAUAUAUCAAUGCUGAUUGUAUUCCGGCUUGGUAUGGGGCUCUCUGGCUGCGUUCCAGUAACUUUAGGAGCAGGUUUUAUAGCAGAUCUAAUGCCUAUGGAGAAAAGAGGGAUGGCACUUGCAAUCUGGACCUUUGGACCCUUGGUGGGUCCAGUGACUGGUCCGGUCAUUGGAGGAUAUAUGGGUCUCGAUACAGGAUGGAGAUGGACAUUUUGGCUGGUAUCGAUUCUUGGAGGUGCAGCCACUCUCGCUGGCUUUGUCUUCAUGCAAGAAACUUACGCUCCAACCAUUCUCAAACAAAAGGCUAAGAUGUUACGAAAAAGCACUGGCCGCGAGAUGAGAACCAAAUAUGAUAAAGGUCAAACCUUGAAGCAGCUUAUUGCUUCUGCGGUUACAAGGCCUCUCAGAAUGUUGAUACUAUCCCCAAUCGUCCUCAUCCUGUCCAUCUAUCUGUCUGUCAUUUACAGCUAUUCAUACCUCUUAUUAACGACAUACACAGAGAUCUUUGAAGGGGUCUAUAACUUCAACUCGGGUGAAGCUGGGUUGGGCUACCUAGGGCUUGGGGUUGGAUUUGUUGCCGGCGCAUGUGCCGUCGGACCUUUCUCAGAUUGGUACAUAAAGUUGCAAAGAGAACGCCAUGGAUUGCCCCAGCCAGGAGACCGUCUACCUCCAUUGUUGCUAGGUUCCUGUUGGGUUCCUAUCGGCCUCUUCUGCUACGGUUGGUCAGCUCAAGCGAGAACACACUGGAUGGUCCCCAUUGUAGGAACAGGUAUUUUUGGCGCAGGAGUGGAACUUAUCUUUUUCCCAAUCCAAUUGUACCUUAUCGACACCUUUACCAUCCACGCUGCUAGCGCCGUAGCUGCCAAUACUGUUGUUCGAUCGAUAUUCGGCGCUUUAAUUCCCUUGGCUGGGAACCCCUUGUACAAUAAAUUGGGACUGGGAUGGGGUAACAGUGUUUUGGCUUUCAUUUCCAUUGCUUUUGCGCCUUUUUCUCUUGUCUUGCUGAAGUUUGGGGCUCCUAUACGUACAAAUCCACGCUUUCAAGCGAGCAUUUGA